AUGAGUUUAGGAGACAAUCUCAAUAUAGUGAGCACUUUGACUGAUAGAAUGUGGCAGUGUCAAGAGGCAGCGGAUUUGUGCGGUGCGAUUGUGUCAGUAUUGUCCAAUGUGGAAGGUUUACGCGACCAGCUGCGUACAAUGAAGAUGCAGCUAAACGACCUUCGUCGCCAGGGUGAGAAGCACGAGUUUGUGUUUAAUCAGUUCGUGCAAUCGUCAGAUUGGCGAUUGUUUGCAAAAGAUGGAGACGAUAAUGAGCUAGUGAAGAACAAAAAAGAAUCUGACACGAAUUUCGACGAUCUUUUGUCUGAUGCGAAUACAAAUUGUGCACAAUGGCUUAAUGAACUUCAGCAGCUUCGAGACGGUAUUGAAACAUAUACUAUUAAGAUCCAAACACUAGAGCAAGAGAAGCAGCGCAUACAAGAACAAUUUGAGAAAGCAGAAGAUUCAAGACACGAGCUGGAGGUAGUGAUUGAGUCAUUGAAUGAAUGUAUAGCAGAUGUAAGAAAAGAGAAAAAAGAUUUGGAGGUGAUAAUUGAAAAGACAAAGGACGAGAAUCAGUCUGCCAGCUUGUACGAUCAGCAACAGCAAACAUUACAGCAACAAGAAGUUGUGGAGCUACAGCAACAACUUAAAAAUGUGCGAAAUGAAUUCGAGCGGUAUCGUGUGCGAUCUCAUACAGCGUUAAAGAAGAUGGAAAAGCGUGCCGAAUUGCUGAAUGGUAUGCGAAGAGAGAACGAAGUACUUAUAAAGCAAGUAGAGAAGAGUUCUGAAGAGCGAGAACAAGCGGAUGCAGCUCGUCGAACCAGCAAGAUGCACUUGAAUCAGGUGCAGGAGACCUUGGAAAUGAUGCAGGUUGAGUUUAACCAGUUUGCAGUGGAGAAAUCCUGCAUAAUUGCUGAGUUGAAAGAAGAGACGCAGCGGUUGAUUGUUGAGAAAGAACGAUUGAGCUCAAAGAAUGCAGAGCUAACGAUUAAGAUUGAGGAGCUAAUGGCGCAAAAACAGCAGAUGGAAGAUGAAAGUAAGCGAGUGAAGGAAGCAGAACGUACAGCGCUCCAAACGCGUUUGAAUGCGGCCACAGCUGCGAUUCAAACUGCUACGGACGAUUUGCAGACGGCACGUGAUGCUUUGGAAGUAAGUAAAGUAGAGUGUGACAAGCGACGUCGACGGAUUGAGGCGUUAGAACAGCAGUUAAAAGCGUCGUAUAAUGCUUUACCUAGUGAAGAAAACGCGCACUCGAUUGCUUCUACUGAUGUGCCGUCAGCUGAUUCGAAGAUUGUGGUUGGUAAUGCGAAAGAAUAG